CCGAGACGACAAUGACAAGUCCCGACGACGCCACCACUCGCAGGGCACCGACGCCAGUCAACAUCCCAGAGAUUCCGGGAUUUCUCAAUGAUGGCCAAUGGAAGGUGCUCAUGGCUCUCAUGGACACGGUAGUCCCAGCAAUCCGCGUCCAGGAUCCAUCCCAAAUUCACGAGCAUCGUGACACUUCGGUCAUCUACCUCUCCAACAGCGAGUACUCCGACACGAUCGCCGCUCUCCGCAAAGCCGCUUGGCCUCUCAACCACUCUUCCGACAUCCUCGAUGCUUACCUCGCCGAGCGGCCUUCCAACAACCCAUUCUUCAGUCAAACCCUCCGACUCAUCCUCUCCAAUCUCCCGCCCAAGAAACAGCGUGAGCUGCGCUACCUUCUCUCUUUUCUCAGCACCCGAGCCGGCUCGCUGCUGCUCACCUCGCGCAGCACGCCGCUUCCCUCGCUCCCGGCCGUAGAGCGCCUUGAAGUCCUUCACGCGUGGCAGUCCUCAUCCCUGUGGACGUUCCGCGCCCUCUUCAAGAGCAUCACCACCCUCUGCAAGCUAGCCUUUAUCCGCAGCAGCGUCACCCUCUUCCCGCUCACGGGCUUUCCGCCGGUCCCCGCCGGGUGGACCGCAAACGCCGGGUUCAGCUACCCGUAUGAAUUUCUGCAGUUCCGCCCCUCUCCGGCGGGGACAGCUGGAAAGAAAGUCCCCGUAGAGGUUGCCGCCGACGUCGUCAUCGUCGGGUCCGGGUGCGGGGCCGGGGUGGUAGCGAACCGGCUUGCCAACGAGUUCGGACCGGCAAUGAAGAUCCUGGUAUUGGAGAAGGGGCGGCACUUUGACGCGAGUCAUUUCCCACUAUCGCAGGCUGCCGGCCUCGCCAGCCUCUUUGAGAACGGCGGGGUGAUUGAGUCGGACGACGGGUCGAUCACGGUCACGGCCGGCGCAACCCUUGGCGGCGGCGGCACCGUCAAUUGGAGUGCCGGCCUGCAGACACAGGAUUUUGUGAGGCGGGAGUGGGCAAGGAGCGCCGGUCUGGGGUUUUUCGAGAGCGAGGAUUUCCAGAGGUGCUUGAAUCGCGUCUGCGAGAAGAUGGGCUGCUCAGCGGACAAGGUUAGACCGAAUCAUGCGAAUCGCGUGUUGCUGGAGGGAGCCAAGAAGUUAGGGUACACGGCUAAGAAGGUGCCGCAGAAUUGCGGCAAUAAGGAGCAUGACUGUGGGUAUUGUACGCUAGGAUGCUGGAGGGGAGAGAAGCUGGGGCCAGUGAAUGGCUGGUUUCCUGAGGCGGCAGAGAAGGGGGUCAAGUUUGUCCAGGGUAUGAAGGUUGAGAGGGUACUGCUUGAGCAGAGAAAGGGCAAGAAGGUGGUCAAGGGAGUCAUAGGUACCUGGACGGCCGGGGAUGGGAGUGAAACGGUUCAGGUGAUUGUCAAGGCAAAGAAGGUCGUUGUCAGCUGCGGGACGCUGUGGAGUCCCAUUGUACUGCUCAAUAGCGGCAUCAAGAACCCCCAGGUCGGUAGAAACUUGUAUCUGCAUCCCACAAACUUUGUGUCAGGAGUAUUUGACGAUGAUGUCCGGCCAUGGGAGGGCGGUAGUCUCACCUCAGUCGUCAGCGACUUUGAGAACCUCGACGGCAGAGGCCACGGCGUCAAGCUCGAAGCCAUGUCCAUGAUGCCAUCUCUCUCACUCCCCUUCCUUAACUGGUCCUCCGGCGCCGACUUCAAAGUUCUCGCUGCCUCGUACCGCCACCUCAACACAUUUAUCGCCAUUUGCCGCGACCGCGACACAGGCUACGUAUACCGUGACGCCAGCACUGGUAAACCGCGCGUGUCGUAUACCCCCUCCGACUUCGAUCGUGCCCACAACCUCCGCGGCAUGCUCGAGCUCUCCAAGAUCUUGUACGCCCACGGCGCACGCGAAAUCCAUCCAUCCGUGCCUGAAAUCAAGCCCUUCAUCCGCAGGGAAGACAAUGACACCGGGCCUUCCUUCGACCAGUGGCUCGCCAACCUACAAUCGCACGGCAACAAGCCACCGCUCACCCCCUUUGCCUCGGCACACCAGAUGGGCACGUGCCGGAUGAGUGCGAAGCCAAAGGAUGGCGUGGUAGAUCCCCAGGGGAGAGUUUGGGGAAUAGAGGGGCUUUACGUGGCGGAUGCGAGUGUCUUCCCCAGCGCGAGUGGGGUAAACCCAAUGGUCACAGUCAUGGCGAUUGCGGAUUGGAUUGCGCAAGGGAUAUGUGAAGAUUUGAAGAGGGAGGGGCCGCAGGCGAGGUUGUAAGGGGAGGUCGGGGAGUCGGGGGAGAGAGAGUGUUUCACCUCCACCAUGAGAGUUUGCCAGAUUUAUUGUAAGAGGCCAUGUCGGCUGUCAGGGAGCUAUGAGUACAAGGCCACAAAAGCCGGUCAAGCUCUACCUUGCCUGACUGGAAGCUUUGAUGUCGUCUAAUGAUAUUGUAAGGGGUUGGGGGUUUAAGCGUCUCUUAGGUGGCGUUGGAGCGGAUCGGAUGCUGCACCAUACUGAACCUACCAUAAUGCGGGAUGUGGUAGACUACUACUAGUAGCGUUGCCUUCCAGCGAGGAACUUUGGAA